GGCCGCUGAUGAGGAGGCGGCGGAGGAGGAGGCGGCGGCGGCAGGAAGGACUGAGAGGCCCCGGAUAAGCGACGCGGAGGACGGGAGCUGCCUCCGACAGAAUGAAACGAGGCAGAAAAAACAGCAAGACCAGCAAUCAUUUAUCAGAUGAGAAUACAGCAGAUGGCAAAAAAGUGAAAAUUACAGAUGAAGAAUCUGCUGGAGUAUUUCAGGGCCCUGACUGGGGGAGCCUCAUUCCAGAUAUUCUGCUGCAGGUGUUCCAGUAUCUGCCUCUUCUUGAUCGUGCUCAUGCAUCCCAAGUCUGCCGUGUGUGGAACAAAGUGUUCCACAUGCCUGAAUUAUGGAGGUGCUUUGAAUUUGAACUGAAUCAGCCAGCCACAUCUUACUUAAAGGCUACCCAUCCAGAACUCAUCAAGCAAAUUAUUAAAAGACAUUCCAAUCAUCUACAAUAUGUCAGCUUCAAGGUGGACAGCAGCAAGGAAUCGGCUGAAGCAGCUUGUGAUAUCUUAUCACAGCUUGUGAACUGUUCUUUAAAAACACUAGGACUAAUUUCCACUGCUCGACCAAGCUUCAUGGAUUUGCCAAAGUCACACUUUAUUUCUGCACUGACUGUGGUGUUUGUAAACUCCAAAUCACUUUCUUCACUUAAGAUAGAUGAUACACCAGUAGAUGAUCCAUCUCUUAAGGUCCUAGUAGCUAACAACAGUGAUACUCUGAAACUGUUGAAGAUGAGCAGUUGUCCUCAUGUUUCUCCAGCAGGUAUCCUCUGUGUGGCUGAUCAGUGUCAUGGAUUACGUGAGCUGGCAUUGAACUACCACCUGCUAAGCGAUGAGCUCCUCCUUGCUUUGUCCUCUGAAAAACACGUCAGAUUAGAACACUUGCGCAUUGAUGUAGUCAGUGAAAACCCUGGACAGACGCACUUCCACACAAUUGAGAAGAGCAGUUGGGAUGCUUUCAUCAAACAUUCUCCCAAAGUGAACUUAGUCAUGUAUUUUUUCUUAUACGAAGAAGAGUUUGAUCUAUUCUUCCGAUACGAAAUACCAGUCACUCACCUUUAUUUUGGGAGAUCAGUAAGCAAAGAAGUGCUUGGCCGGGUUGGGAUGACGUGCCCUCGCUUGGUAGAACUGGUGGUGUGUGCCAAUGGAUUACGGCCACUGGAUGAAGAGUUGAUUUGCAUUGCAGAGCGCUGUAAGAAUCUCUCAGCGAUUGGCCUUGGGGAGUGCGAAGUCUCCUGCAGUGCCUUUGUGGAGUUUGUUAAGAUGUGUGGUGGCCGCCUGUCUCAGUUGUCUAUAAUGGAGGAAGUCUUGAUUCCUGACCAGAAGUAUAGCUUGGAGCAGAUUCAUUGGGAAGUGUCAAAACAUCUUGGUAGAGUUUGGUUUCCAGACAUGAUGCCCACCUGGUAGUCUCUGACGAAGGCACCUUACAUUUUGAGCAUACCAUGUUGCAGCUUAAUAACAUAAGCUAAUUUGUAGUUUGUAAUGUGUUGUAGAAAACUUACGUACGACUUAAUGUUGGUUUCUAAAAUGAACAUUUAAAAGGGGAGACUGAGGGUGUUCUGACACACUUGUCCAUAAAAAAACUUUUUAGUUUUCUUUCCCUCUCUUGAGACGGGGUCUACCUAAAUGUAUGUAGAAACUGAAAAUAGUGAACUGAUAUUCAGAUGCUGUAGCUCAGACUUUACUCUGAUAAAUGUCAGUAUUUAAACUAACUUUAGGAACU